ACUAGGGCUGGGCGAUUUAUCGAUAUUUUUAAAAUAUUGGUAUAAUUUUGAAACAAGAUAUAAGAUGAUUUUAUAUCUUUAUGUCAAUAUAACUGGUCAAACUGCUAUGCUAGCGAUUAGCCGCUAUGCUACUGACAUGUUGCUCCGUCUUUAAGCGGCGUUUACAUGUAUUCUUACAAGUUUGGUCAAUCUGAGAGGCUCUGGGUAAAUGUGCUGCUCUAAACUUCGCAUUUGGCGUCCUGGUUUUAAAUUAUUUGGGGACGUUUAACGUCAACGGAGUUCUGUUUUCCAUCCUGCUUGUACGGAGAGAUGGCCAAACCCCUCCCUCCCCUUUGUAAUGAGGAAACAACUACGGAUAGCCGGAGUUGCCAAAUUACCUCAAACGUAUUGUAAGGGUUUGAAUAGUAAACUAUAGGGUUACCGUUUUAUUUUGAAGGUUAGCUCAACGGGUGAGAAAUGUUGUUCCGUUUUUUUCCGCUCUGGUUUGCUAUGCUAGUAAAUACUCUGUUACGAAUGAUUCUGUAGAAAAAGUGAAGAGUUUGUAAGGCGUGGGUUACGGCAACAGUAGCCCGAAAUUAAUACUCAUAAAUGAGCAACCAGAGCCUCUUAGUCAUUACAGUAUAAUCGCUGAUAGGAGUCAAUACUGUUAGGGUUAGGAGGAAAAAUAUUGAGAUAUAUCGUAUAUCGGAAUUCAGCUAAAAGAUAUCGAGAUAUAAGUUUUGGUCCAUAUCGCCCAGCCCUAAUCUGGACCAUUUUUAAAGCUGUUUUAAAAAUGGACGUUUUUGUCCUCUAAUGGUUCGAGUGUAUAGUAAAUUUUAAUUCUGUUGCUAUAAAGUGCAAAGAAUUCAAACUUUUAGAUUUUUCAUAACAUAAUCAAGACUGAUUUGUACUAAACACCCCAGGCAAAAAAGAUGUCUUUUUUAGAAAAUAACUCUGUUUUAGUGGUUUUUUUUUCUUUUCUUUUUCAUAAAUUACAUCAAUGACUGAGUAUUCAAACUGGCAUUUCAGGGGUUGAAAGCCUCAAAAUGAUUGAAUUUUUUUUAUGUUUGAGCAGGGCUGAAGUUGUUCAACAGAUUUAUGAAAAAAAAGUUAAAAAAAAACCCAUUAAUGUAUACAUUUUUAUAGCCACUUUUACAAGCGUACGUUUUUGUCCUAAUGACUCUUUUGUAUGAAAAUUAAAGUGAAGCCUGAGGGUUAAGUCUCAAAUGAUUUAUAGAGGCUCAAAGUUCAGUUUCCAAUUGUAAAUACAUUUCAUUCUACUGUCAGUUUAAAGAAAUAAUACAACUGUUUUAUGUGUGAAAACAAAGUUACAGCUGUCUGUCAUUCACAUAAUAUGUUUCUAUGUUUCCUACAGAUUUUCAACAGGUGGUUCUGGUUAAAUAAGAAGCUUCGGAUGAACUGAGUGCUCGUGUCAACCACCAGCACCUAGAUUUUCUCCACAUAAAGGAGGAACAGAGAAACUCUGGUCUAGUAUGGAGGGAGAGCAUCUCCAUUUGAAUAAGGAGACUGAUGCUGCCAGGUUUCAAUCCUUUAGCCAUAAAACACAUUUAAACAAACACAUGAGAGUCCACACAAAGGAGAAACAUUUUGCCUGGGAGCACUGUGGACAAAGGUUUCACCAAAAGACUAAUUUAACCACACACAUGAGAGUCCACACAGGAGAGAAGCCUUUUGCUUGUGAGCUCUGUGGACAAAGAUUUAGCAAUCAGACAACUUUAAACAAACACAUGAGAGUCCACACAGGACAGAAGCCCUUUCCUUGUGAGCUCUGUGGACAAAGAUUUAGCCAAAAGACAACUUUAAACAGUCACAGGAGAGUCCACACAGGAUAGAAGCCUUUCACCUGUGAGCUCUGUGUAAAAAGAUUUAGCGAAAAGACAACUUUAAACAAACACAUGAGAGUCCACACAGGACAGAAGCCUUUCGCCUGUGAGCUCUGUUUAAAAAGAUUUAGCCAAAACUCAAAUUUAAGCAGUCACAUGAAAGUCCACACAGGACAGAAGCCUUUCGCAUGUGAGCUCUGUGUGAAAAGAUUUAGCCAAAAGGCAACUUUAAACAGUCACAUGAGAGUCCACACAGGACAGAAGCCUUUUGCCUGUGAGCUCUUUGGACAAAGAUUUAGCCAAAAGACAACUUUAAACAGUCACAUGAGAGUCAACACAGGAUAGAAGCUGUUCACCUGUGAGCUCUGUGUAAAAAGAUUUAGCCGAAAGGCAACUUUAAACAUUCACAUGAGAGUCCACACAGGACAGAAGCCCUUUCCUUGUGAGCUCUGUGGACAAAGAUUUAGCCAAAAGAUAAAUUUAAACAGUCACAUGAGAGUCCACACAGGACAGAAGCCUUUUGCCUUAGAGCUCUGUGGACAAAGAUUUAGCCAUCAGACAACUUUAAACAGUCACAUGAGAGUCCACACAGGACAGAAGCCUUUCGCCUGUGAGCUCUGUGUAAAAAGAUUUAGCCGAAAGACAACUUUAAACAUUCACAUGAGAGUCCACACAGGACAGAAGCCCUUUCCUUGUGAGCUCUGUGGACAAAGAUUUAGCCAAAAGACAAAUUUAAACAGUCACAUGAGAGUCCACACAGGACAGAAGCCUUUCGCCUGUGAGCUCUGUGUAAAAAGAUUUAGCCAAAAGACACAUUUAAACAGACACAUGAGAGUCCACACAGGACAGAAGCCUUUCGCCUGUGAGCUCUGUGUAAAAAGAUUUAGCCGAAAGACAACUUUAAACAGUCAUAUGAGAGUCCACAAGGAACAGAAGCCUUUCGCCUGUGAGCUCUGUGUAAAAAUAUUUAGCCAAAAAACGCAUUUAAACAGACACAUGAGAGUCCACACAGGCAUUUUGCUUUUUUUCGGUGGAAAAGAUUUAACCAAAAGAUCAAUUCAAACGGUCACAAAAGAGUCCUUAAAGGACAGAAGCCUUUUGCUUCUGAGCUCUGUGGACGAAGAUUUCGCUUAAAGAAAACAUUAAUUAAUCAUCUAAGCAUCCACUAGGGCUGAACGAUCUAUUGCAGGGGUCUCCAACCUUUUUUGGCCCUUGAGCUACUUGUACACAAUGAAAGUACAGCAGAGUUACUGCCAUAUGAUUUAUUUACAUUGAUACUUUCCAUGUGUGAAUGUGCUUAUGUUAAAAAUGCUAUACUUACUACAUUAACAAGCACUGUACUCACAAGUUGAUUUCUCUGUAUUUCAGUACAUCAGUAUAUAUAUAUUUUAAAAGUAAAAGUAAACUAGUGACAUUCUGUAAACCAAAUUAAACAAAACAUUUAGGUUUUGAAACUAAUCAGAUACUUUCAGAUAAUGAAUAACAAAUCUACUUCAUGUGAAUGAUUGGGUGUUUUUUUUAGAAGGUUAGUAACAUAACUUUUUAAGCACACAGGAACAGCUAACCUGUAAAGCUGAUUAUAUGUUAUAUAAAAUACAAGCUAAAUGUGAUGAAAACACAAAAGUCUAAAUUCUAAAGUUAAGUUUUGCUGCGUUUAUUGCUGACAAUAUUAAGGUUGGAGGUUUAUCCUUUUUUUCUGCAUCUUGUAGGUUUUUUCUCCGCAUGUCUGAAGGCUGUGCAUUACACAGAGCAGAGAGACAGAGAGCAAGAAACCAGAACCAAAAGAAAUGAUCACAUCACACCAAUCUUAAAAUAUUUACAAUGGCUUUCAGUAACUUACAGGAUUGAUUUCAAAGACCUUU